AGCUGUUUUCCCUAUCCACAUACUUUUAGGUUGUAUUGACAGAACGCCACCUUCUGGUCAAGUUGCAAGCAAACCAAACAUACGACGUUCUUUUCCGGUUGUCAUUUUAAGUCUAUCGCACCGAAAUGGCAGUUCGAUACGAACUCAGCGUCGGUCUCAACAAGGGACACAAAACGUCAAAAAUAAAGAAUGUUAAAUAUACCGGUGACAAGAAAGUCAAGGGUCUGCGCGCCUCUCGCAUGAAGGGGGUCCAAACCAAACACACCAAAUUCAUGAGGGAUUUAGUGCGUGAGGUCGUCGGCCAUGCUCCAUAUGAAAGGCGCUGCAUGGAAUUGUUGAAGGUGUCGAAGGAUAAGCGUGCACUUAAGUUCUUGAAACGUCGCUUGGGCACACACAUCCGUGCUAAGAGGAAGCGAGAAGAAUUGUCCAACAUCCUGACACAAAUGCGUAAAGCUCAUGCACAUACUAAGUAACUUUCAGAAAUAAACGCGUAACACCGUA